AUGAAUAAUAAUAAAUUUGAUCAAAUUGAAUCAGAAUUGAAAAAUCCAAUCAAUGAGAUCUACAAAUUAUUCAAUCAAAAAGAUUCAAAAUUUGAAGAAUUAAAAAAUGUUAUAAAAAAUGAUCAAUCCAUAAAUAAACAGUUAAAAGAAGAUAUACGCGUUUUAGAAUUGAAAAUAAAGUCUAAAGAUGAUAGAUUGAAAAUAUUAGAAUUACAAUUAAAAUCAAAAGAUGAUCAAUUGAAAUUAAAAGAUGAACAAUUGAAAUUUAAAGAUGAAGAAAUUAAAAAGUUGAAAGAUAAUAAGCCAUUCGUGAAACCAACUUUGAAAUCAAGGAACAGUAGUAAUGUAAGUGCAUUAAGUGCCUUAGCCUCAUCUCCAACUAAAAAUCUAUUACAAACAAAAUCAGUUAUUGAACCAAGAACUUCAAUAUUAUCUAUCGAGUCUGAUGAUCUAACAAAAGCAAGAAAAUCAAAAUCAAUGUUUGAAAAUUUUAGAUUAAUGCCUACUCAAUAUAGUGAUACUGAAGAAGAAUCAUCAUCAUCAUAUCAUGAAGAAAAUAAAGAAAAUAAUAGUCAAAGAUCAAAUUCAUUAUCUUCAAAGACUUCGUCACUAUCGAAAGAGAAAAAAACAUCACAACCUUCAUUAAAUAGAACUAGAAUUGAGUUUUCAUCUCCUACAAAAUUAAAUCAUUUAAAAUCUAAAUCAGUAUAUGAAGCAAAGCCAAAAAGUAAUAAUAAUCAUGAAAAUUGGAAAAGUAAAAGUAUGAUCGAAAAUAUUCUGGAUCUUGCAACUCAAUAUAGUGAUUCAGAAGAUGAAUCAACAAAAAAUAAUGAAAACAUAAAUUCAUCACCUAUAAAAAUUAAGUAUGAUGAAAAUAAACCUAUCAUGAAAUAUACAAAAGAUGAUAAUCUAUUUAUAAGUCCUACUAAAAGUAUGAAACCUCCUACUACUAGCUCAAAACAUAAAAUAAGUCCAAUUAAAUUACAAUUUGAUGAUAAUGGAAAAUUAUUUGUUAAAUCAUAUAAGCGUCAAAAAAGUGUUGAAUUAAAAGAAGAUGAAGAUCCAUUUUAUGAUUGUCCAGUUGUAGCACCUCCAUUAGUGGAACCUACUUCACCAAUAAAAUCAAGUCAAUCAAUUGAAGAAGUAAAAAUAGAAGAAAAUAUUGAAGAUGCAAACAAUUUUGAAGAUGAAAUAAUAGAAGAUUCUCAAGAAGGUGAAAUGAGUGUAUAUUCAACUCCUCCACCAACUACACAAUAUUCAAAUGAAUUAAAUUCACCACCAAUUUCAUUAACAUCAUCACCAGAAAUUAAAAUUCCAGAAAAUAUAAUAACAAUCAAUCAAAAAAGAAAAUAUUUACUAGAUUAUUAUACUUCAAAGUUUCAAACAGAUUUAAAUUUUAAAAUAAAUUUAAUCCAGAAUCCAAUAAAACAAAUAUCAUGGGAUUUUAUAGAUUUUAUUAAAAAUUUAAAUUACAAACCAAUGGAAUUUUCACAAUUCUUACAAAAACAUCAAAUAAAAGAUCCAACAAAAUUCAAUAAAUAUAAAACUUUUUUUAAUUUAAAUGAAAAUUGGAAAAUUGAAGAUAAAUUACUGCAAAUUUUUGAUAAAUUUGAAUCACCUCCUGGUUUUAUGAAAUCUGAUUUCCCAACAUCACAAGAAUUAAUUGAAAGAAAAAAAUUAAUAGACAAGAGACAAACAAAUAGAAUUAAUAGAAGAAUUAAAAGUUGUUUAUUUUUAAAUGAUCAAAAUCAACAAAUUGGUGAAUUUAUUUUUAGUUGUGAUAUUUUAAAUAAAUAUGUUAUUUCUGGUCGUUGGUAUAUUAGGUGA